CUCCUUCUCCUCCUCCCCUCCAUGCCUCUCUUGGCCAGAGUAUCAGGGUGCCUCCGCCCGUAGCCUGAGAGCGAGACAGAGAAUCGGAGAAACGUGGUGAGAGCCCUUGGAAAAGGACAGAUUUUCUUUAAGUUUCCCCUGCAAUUCCGACAGCCAAACGGUCCACUUUGGGGAAAGAGCAAUGCUGCGAAUGACGGCUUGGCGCCUCGGCAGCCUUUUGUCAAGACGUGCGACGGUGGCAGCGACUGGUGGUAGUGUGAGGAUGGCAUCCCAGGGGCAUCAUGUCUCCACGCAAACAGACAUGUCGCUGGUUAUGUACUAUGACCGUAUCGACACCCCGCUGCCAGACAGACCGUACCAGGACACCCUCAGCGCCGUGGAGAAGAGCCUGAAACAAAAGGAGAAGGGGCCUUGGACCCAGCUCUCCAAGGAAGAAAAACUUGCCCUCUACAGGCUGAUGUUCAGAAAGACCUACGCAGAGAUGAAGACGCCGUCUCAUGAAUGGAAGACGGUCUUGGGUGGAGUUUUAUUUUUUAUCGGCUUUACGGGACUGGUGGUCCUCUGGCAGCGAUAUAACGUGUUCCCUCCACGACCUCACACGCUGGAAGACGAGUGGAAGGCCCAGCAGUUACAACGGAUGAUUGACAUGAGGAUCAACCCCAUAGAAGGCUUAUCCGCCAAAUGGGACUAUGACAAGGGCCAGUGGAAGUAGGGUUCUUGGUUUGGGGGCUGUUCUCUGAAUUCUGGCAAUGGCAGGAUUAACUCUGCAUGGUGUGUAAUUAGUCCAUCCUUCUCUCUAUCAUGAAUGUAACUUGUCCAUCAAUUAGCACACACCCUACACACUUGAUCGCUCCUCAUGAAUGACAUGGUGCCUUUUCCACACUGUUAAUUUACCGUUACAGCAUAAGCAGGUUUUCACUAACCUAAAUCAGUCAUACUUCCUGUGAUUCUCUGUCUCCAGGCUGUUAAUUCACAUUUACUUUACAUGUAACUUACAUGAAUUCUCCUUGUAUGGGUAUUAUACUGUAUUUCACUAUAAUAUAAUCUAUUAAACUUGAAGGUAAUCGAAAGGAAUGUCUUCAUAUCAAUCAACGAUCAGGCAUUGUGCUUCUCUAUAUUUAAUAUUAUGUUUUACUACAUUGAUAGCAAAAAUGACAUAAGUAAGGAUGAAGAGUAAAGACGAAGUACUGAAACAUGUUGGUUUUCUUCCAAAUCCAAAAAAGGUUUUGGGUCAGUGAUCAUGUUCUGUCAACGCCUUUCAUUAGUUUAAUAGCUUUUAAUUUAAAAGUAAUUUUAUGUGUUUAAUACACAAAUUCAUUUUACGGUAUUGCACUUCUAUUAGCGGUGCACAUAAGCAGCCAGGGGCAUAAAAUGUAAUUGGUUUGGAAUUAAUUGAUGCCGUUUGACAAGUAAAGACAGAGGAACUCCCUUUGUAAAGGAUGGCAUCUCAAACCGUGGCAGCUAGUAAGGUCUCGAUGCUUCCCCAGUGAAAAAUGAACCAACCUUCUUUCAGCAGUCAUUCAUUUAAGGUCUUUUUAUUGUAAUUCCUGGUAACUUUUACUUUCGAAAAUAUAACUCCACCUUGAAAUGUCAGAGCUAAUCUGCAUCCUGAUUUCAUGUAACAAUAUUAUACUUAUUCAACUACACUUCAUAUAUAGCUGCUUAUACUGUAAUUAAGUAGGUCAAAUUAUGAUGUAGUAAAUUGAUUAAAGUGAAAUCUGCA